CAUACUAGGUACAGUAUCCUUAAUGCCGAUUGAGGUGGCGUAAAGCCUGCUUUCAGGUUUACUUCCUGGUUCCCUGCCUUAGGUAUCUAGUGAGUGCAACCUGCCACCUACCUACUCUGCAGUAGCACCUGAGACCAUUUAUGCCCUAUCCCUAUCCAUGCCAAACUAAACUUCCAAGGUUAUCCUGAGUUUUUUUUCAACCUUACCCUUACCCAUACCUAUACUCUAUUCCCUUAGCCUUGCGCUAUUUCGUUUUACAGCCCGACUAACUGCCUAGCGUACCCAGGGGACUUCGAUUGCGACAUCACUAUCCCUUCAUUAUCAUCGUCAUAAUAUAGUUCUCAUCAUGCCAACACCCUGCCCCUUCGACCCCGAGCUGGGCAAGCUCCUCGCCGGCGCGCCGCCCGAGUACUGCGGCACACACACCCCGGAGUCCAUCCGCAAGGUCGCCGCCCUCUACUCGACGCCCACCCAAACCAUGGAAGAGUUCAUCGGCGACCGCCCCAUCCAGGCCGUCGACUACACGGUGCCGGGGUACCAGGGCGCCGAGAUCGGGAUCACGGUCUUCACACGGAAGGACCGGAAGCUAGCGCCCGGCACCGCGCCGGCGUUCUACUACAUGCACGGCGGCGGCAUGGUGAUGGGGUUCCGCACGAUGAACUCGGAGUUCCUGCUCCCCUACGUCGAGCAGUUCGACGGCGUCUUCGCCGCCGUCGAGUACCGGCUCGCGCCGCAGCACCCGCACCCCGUCCCCGUCGAGGACUGCUACGCGGGCCUCGCGUGGUUCUCCCAGCAGGGCGAGAAGCUAGGGUUCGACCCGAAGCGCAUCAUGGUGGUGGGAUGCAGCUCGGGGGCUGGGCUGGCGGCGGGGACCGCGCUGCUGGCGCGCGACCGGGGCGGGCCGCACAUCGCGUGGCAGCUGCUGUUGGCCCCGAUGCUCGACGACCGCAACGCGACGCUGUCGACGCGCCAGUACGAGGCGCACGGCGUGUGGAACGCGACGUCGAACGCGACGGGGUGGGGCGCUCUGCUGGGUGACAAGGUCGGCGGGCCCGACGUGCCCAUCUACGCGGCGCCGGCGCGCGCCGUCGACACGGAGCUGGGGCUCGCGAACCUGCCGGCCACCUUCCUCGACGUCGGCAGCGCCGAGGUGUUCCGCGACGAGGUGGUCGCGUACGCGACCGGGAUCUGGGCCGUCGGCGGCACGGCGGACUUGCAUAUCUGGGCGGGCGGGUUCCACGGCUUCGACAUGUGGGGGUUCCCGCGGCUGGCGCGCGAGGCCCUAGCGGCGCGGCAGAACUGGGUCCGCCGGAUGCUCGAGUGGGAUUCUGUUUCUGAGUCGUUCGCUGUUCCUUUGUGAUGCGAUGCGACGCAAUGAGGCUGAAAAUGGUAGAAAGAAGAAGAUCAAUGAAUGAUCGAUCGCCAAGGCAAGUCCUCUAGCUUGUGGGCUCGGUACCUAGAUAGAGGGAUGCCUAGUACCAAGAUAUGCAGUUCCAUUAUACGAGUCCACGCAUGUUACAUUGCAUUUGCACAUCGCAUUUCAUUAAGAAAUAUAUAG